AUCACGUAGCAAAUAAUUAAUCAGAGGCAAAAUGUGGGCAGUACUCUUCUUUCUUGUUACAUUAAUGGUGGUGAUCUCCCAAGGGUCAGCACUGGGUCUGAACCACCAGAUUCACCUUCUCCAGCCAAAAUCUGGUUCUUGGGGUCUCCAUGUUCCGAAUAUUUCAUGUCUAAGUUGGCGACUUGGGGUGGAAACUCACAAUAUUAUUGGUUGGUCAACGGUUCCGAAAGAGUGCGAAGGCUAUGUGGGGCACUACAUGCUGGGCAAUCAGUACAGGAGGGACUCCAAAGUGGUUGCUUACCAGGCUUUACUCUACGCUCAGAGCCUCAACCUCACCGGAGAUGGCAAAGAUGUUUGGAUCUUUGACGUAGACGAGACUUCGCUCUCUAAUCUACCUUAUUAUGCGGAAAAUGGAUUUGGGGCGGAGCCCUAUAAUUCUACGCUAUUCAACGCAUGGGUCCUGAAAGGCACACAACCGGCAUUGCCGGAGUCUCUGAAUCUGUACAAGAAACUGUUAUCUCUUGGGAUCAGGGUUGUAUUCAUAACGGGAAGAGGAGAAAGCCAAAGAAAUGUCACGACAACCAAUCUAAAGAAUGUUGGAUACCACACUUGGGAGAAGCUUAUACUCAAGUCCUCAUCUUAUACGGGCGUGACAGCCUUGGUGUACAAAUCAAGUGAGAGGAAGAAUUUGGAGAAGAAGGGGUAUAGAAUCGUGGGGAACAUUGGUGACCAGUGGACUGAUAUCUUGGGGCAUCAUGCUGGCAAUCGGACUUUCAAGUUACCCGAUCCAAUGUACUACAUUAGUUGAUGCAUGGAUUACGUACUUUGCAGUAUUUGCCAUUUGGGACUAAAAGUACAAGCUCAUCAGUGCAUGCAAUAAGAUCAUUAAAGAUUCAAGAGAUCUCUAUUAAUUACCUUUAUAUAUAUUAUAUUCCAUGCAUACUAAAUUGUUAGAUUAUUGAGCCUAGCUCUCGCUCUUCAUGUGAUAAAUAAUUUUAUUUUAAACGUACGUACACCAUAUUUUAUCCUCUUAUAUAUAUGAG